AUGGACUCGGACGAAGAUACACAUAUGUCGGAUACAGAGAAGGACUCUUGGCCGAUAGGUGGGAAGGGCAAGGGCAAGGCAGUUACAUACGACCAACACGACAGUGAGAACCUGCCAUGGGUGGAGAAGUAUAGGCCAGUCACUCUAGAUGAUGUCGUUUCGCAUAAAGACAUCACCAGCACCAUCGAGAAAUUCAUCGAGAAGAACCGACUACCUCAUCUCCUAUUCUAUGGCCCUCCUGGAACGGGAAAAACGUCUACUAUCCUCGCGGUGGCACGCCGAAUAUAUGGCAAGGACUACCGCAAACAGAUCCUAGAGCUUAACGCCUCAGAUGAACGUGGUAUUGACGUAGUUCGGGAGCGCAUCAAGAACUUCGCGGAAACCCGUACUCUGUUCCUAAAGGGCUACAAACUCAUCAUCUUAGAUGAGGCCGACAUGAUGACAACAGCAGCGCAGGCUGCCCUGCGCCGUGUCAUUGAACAGUACACGCGGAAUGUGCGGUUCUGCAUCAUCUGCAACUACGUCAAUAAGAUUAUACCCGCCAUCCAAAGUCGAUGCACGCGGUUCAGGUUUUCACCCCUUCCCAUUCCAGAAGUCGAGAAGAGAAUCAAUAGUGUCAUAGAAGCUGAAGGGGUCAAGCUCACCGAGGAUGGAAAGAAGGCGCUGCUCAAACUCUCGAAGGGAGACAUGCGAAGAGCGCUGAACGUACUGCAAGCAUGUCAUGCAGCGUAUGACCUCAUAGGAGAGGCAGAGAUUUAUAACUGCACCGGUAGUCCUCAUCCUGCAGACAUUGAGACUGUCGUCAAGUCCAUGCUCGCAGAUGAUUUCACCACUUCCUACCAGAUGAUCUCUGCAUUGAAAAUCGAACGUGGACUUGCUCUGCCGGAUCUCCUCAAUGGGGUGUACGAAUUCAUGGAGACUGUCGAGCUGAAAGCUCACGCUCGGAUUUAUCUGCUGGAUUUUAUUGCAACAACAGAGCAUAGACUAUCGACGGGUGGAAGUGAGAAAAUCCAGCUGACUGCAUUGCUGGGAGCGUUCAAGAAUGCUGUGGAGUUGUCUGCAAAAUCAUGA